CUGCAAAGCAGGACGGCUACUUCCUUUCCUCUCCUUUCCUUUCCCCCUUCCUUACUUCCUCUCCCCCCAGCAAUUCCUGCCUAUUCAAUUGGUGGAGCAAAGCAGGGAAAUCCUUUGGGAAAUGUGCAAAUAGCAAUUGAUCUUCCAGCUGUAAAGUCAUUGUUUUUGCUGCACCUUUCCAGCAAGGCAUUGGCAGACAAAUGAACGAAAUUGAGGAAAUUGCUGAACCAAAAGGCCCAGAGCGCAUGGAACAAUGUGAGUCAUUACUAGAGAACGAUGAAGACAUUUCCGGAUUCCAUGAAGUAGAACGAAUCUGUGAGAUUCAAUGCCAAACAGAGGAUCCAGUAGGGAUCAUCCCAGAUUUACGGGUGGGUGGUGUCUCUGUGGAAGGGACUUCUUAUAUAUGCUCGGACUGCGGAAAAAGUUUCUGCAGUAUCUCUAGCCUCAUCAGCCACCAGAAAAGGAAUCAUUCGGGAGAGAAGCCAUACAAAUGUUCGGACUGCGGGAGGAGCUUUCACCAGAGCUCGGAUCUUGUUAAACACGAGAGGAUCCACACGGGGGAGAAACCAUACCAGUGCUCUGUGUGUGAGAAGCGAUUCAACCAACGCUCCUAUCUUAUAGUUCAUGAACGUUUCCAUACGGCAGAAAAGCCAUAUAAAUGUUUCUUGUGUGGGAAGAGCUUCUGUUCCAAUGCACAUCUCAUGACUCAUCAAAGAACCCACACUGGCGAGAGACCGUAUCAGUGCCCCGAUUGCGGUAAAAGGUUCACAACCAGUUCAAACUUUGUCAAUCAUAAGAAGAUUCAUACAGAGGAAAAACCAUACAAUUGCUCUCUUUGUGAGAAAAGUUUCAAGCGAAGCUCGAACCUGAUCCAGCAUGAGAGAACCCACACAGGCGAGAAACCCUAUACUUGCCUCACUUGCGGGGAAAGCUUUGCUUCAAACUCAGGGCUGGUGAAGCACCAGAGAAGCCACACAGGGGAGAGACCUUACAAAUGCUCCUACUGCGGCAAAAGCUUCAGUCAGAGCAUGAUUCUCACACAACACGAGAGGACUCACACCGGGGAGAAACCCUGCAAGUGCCCAGCAUGUGGGAAGAGCUUCCGUUCCAGUUCAGACCUGGUCAAACACAAAAGGAUCCACACGGGGGAGAAGCCGUACAGAUGCUCACUGUGCGGCAAAAGCUUCACGACCAGUUCGGAUGUGGUGAAGCACGAAAGGACCCACACGGGCGAGAAGCCAUACAAGUGUGGGACUUGUGGGAAAAGCUUCAGCCAGAGCGCGCAUCUUAUGCAACACCAGAGAAUUCAUACUGGAGAGAAACCCUAUGCCUGCCUCACUUGUGGGAGAUGUUUUACUUGCAGCGCACAUCUUGUGGUCCAUAAAAGAACCCACAAAGAGGGAGAGGUCCCCAAAACAUAGCUCUCUUCUGGUUGGGGUGGGCAGAGCAGGGAGAUCGUAUUAACGUAUACAGUGUUCCCUUACUUAUUGCGGGGGUUACGUUCCAGGACCUCCAGCAAUAAGUGAAAAACCGCAAUGUAGGGACGCUAUAUUUAUUUUAAUAUUUAUACAUUAUUUUAGUAGUUAUACACUAUUUUAAAUCUUUAUAAAUUUAAAAUAAAGUGAAUGAAAGGAAGGAAAGACCCUUCAAGGCUGGAGGGAGGGACGACUGAGGAGGGCAAGCACCUCGGAGAGCGGCGGUGGCAAACACUGAAAAU